AUGCCAUGCUCGACGCCGCCGUCCAGCUUUCCUUGCAGCGAUGAGAGUGUCUUGCUGGAGGCACUAGAACAAGUUGAACGCCAAGAUGCCUUUGAUGUGUACGAGGAUCCGUGGCCUGCGUCUUCGCCACAACAAGCGUCAUUGCAGGACCAGCCGUUGGCACAGGAGGAGCGGACAGCGUGCGAAACAUGUCCAGCUCUGGAACCAGCACAUUCAUCAAGGCCGACAUCCCUGUUGACGUCGCGACUGCCACACGCGUCGCCGCCCACGAACGCGGGUCGACGCUUGGCUGGUGGUGAUACCACGUACCUUGAGACGGAUGCGUACCGAGCCAUUCCGUUUGGUGAUUUUGGCACAUACAUGAAAAAUAAGCGACUCAAAUUACAGGUGCAGGAAGCAAGUUUGCUUGAGGACGAGCCUGCUGGCUUGGAAUCCGACGCGCUACGAGGAUGCUCGAUCUAUAUCACUGGCCGAACGGAUCCGCCCUAUAAAGAGCUGCGUCGGAUGAUUGUGCUCCAUGGCGGUCAAGUGCUCACGUAUCUGGAUCAUAAGCGUGCAUGUACUCACAUCGUAGCCAGCACCCUUCCUCCGAAGAAAGUGGCAGAGUUUCGGGCGUACAAGGUGGUGUCGCCAGCAUGGGUCCUUGAAAGCUGUCGCAUGCGCCAGCGAGCGAACUGGACGCAGUUUAGGCUAGGAGGUACGCACACAACACCUUGGACGACAGUGUUCGAUGCCAAGCGUGCCAACGAGCCUUCGUCCACGGCCAACGACGCGUGUGAUACAGUGCCGGCGGACGCUAUGACACCACAUACCGUGGCCACCGCGACGUCGAAGAACGCAGCAGGACUGAGCCGUCCGGAUGAGCCUGCAAGUUGUUGCUCCCUAUUUCCCACGACUACGAAUCAACGGGCGGCUGAGCUGCUCCGAUCCGAGGCAUGGCGUGCGAAGAACACAGCCGCUAGUCGCGACUUUCUUGCGGGCUUUUAUGCGAACAGCCGCCUACAUCAUUUAAGCACGUGGAAAAACAGCUUGCAGGACCUUGUGGCGAGUGCUGUGAGCGAGUCGGGCACACCACCACGUGGACGAAGCACCGAUCUACCGCGCACCAUCGUGCACAUUGACUUUGACAGCUUUUUCGUGAGUGUAAGUCUGCGAGCGAAGCCUGCAUGGCGCGACAAGCCAGUGGCCGUGUGCCACGCGACGCUGACAGGGACAGACGGGUCGUCCAGCACGUCGGAUGUGGCGUCAUGCAAUUACGUAGCCCGUCGGUACGGCGUCAAAAAUGGGAUGAGCCUGCGUCAAGCGCGGCACCUGUGCCCGUCUAUUCUACCUGUGCCAUAUGCGUUUGAUGCAUACUAUCAAGUGUCGCUGCAGUUUUACGCUGUGCUUUUGCACGUCGCAGACGUGCUGCAGGUCGUGAGUGUGGAUGAAGCGCUGCUCGAUGCAACGGACCUGCUUCGUGCGCUGUGUGAGGCGCAAGCAUCGGAGCGAUUCGCAUGGCCAACGAGCGAUGCGAUCCUCUCUCGACUCGAGGCGCAGUUCCGCCUGCAUCUAGCGCGACAUGCCGGUGUGCAGCCGGCACACGCCCUGGGCGAAGCACUACGCGACGUGAUUCGACUCGAGACACAGUGUGAAGCGAGUGUGGGUAUCGGAGCGAAUAUCCUGCAAGCGCGCCUGGCUACGAGGCAAGCGAAGCCGUGUGGCGUGUAUGUACUGGACCGUGUGGAAGAACACAUGCAGAUGUUGGAUGUGCGAGAUAUAUGGGGCGUCGGUUUUAGUCUGCGAGAGCGGCUGCUAGCGUGGCUCGGAACAACAUGCAUUGGGGAUAUCUGCCAGCGCACGGAUGAAGCCCACAUGAUCCAGCAGUUUGGGCCGAAGCAUGGACGUGCGCUCUGGCAAAAGUUCCAUGGGCAUGACACACACGUGCUCCAAGCCACACGGGAGCGUCAGAGUGUUGGUGCGCAUGUGAACUGGGGCGUCCGACUGCACGACGACACAGAAGUCCGUCGGUUUCUUCAGGACGUGUGUGCGGAAGUGAUGCGGCGUGCGUCGCACAUGCACGUAUCGGCGGCGACACACGUCCAGCUCCAGGUCAUGCAGCGGGCCGACGAGGCAGGUGAAUCGCCCAAGUUCUUGGGGCAUGGCUUGUGCCGCACGUUUCAUCGGUCGAUCCGGCGGCGCGUGUACGAUCGCUCGUCGCUGUAUGCGGCAGCGUGGCCCCUUUUGCAGAAGCUCCAGAUCCCCGCUGUCGAUGUGCGCGGGAUUGCGCUUAGUGUUUCAGGCUUGGAGCGCGGAUCGACGCGUUCAUCGUGGCCUUGGGAGAGCAGGGAGAAGCAUCGACCGGCCUCAGAAGCCGGCUUGUCGGAGUCCAAGAGCACGAGCGAUUUCGAGUCUCGCCAGCAUCAGCCGUCGCCGGCGCAUGAGGACCAAGCCUUGCUGACCACGGACGCAACAUCUACCGCCGAGCGCCACGUCGACGUGCAGCGCAGUGCUGAACCACGCAGUACGCCAUGUACUGCCCAUGGAGCGUGUGCGUCGCCCAAGACGCCAGUGGCUCUUCCUGCCCCGUCGCCGUCUCAGUUUCAGGUGCCCUCUUCCUCCCAGCUGGAUUCCAGUGUCAUGGCUGAUCUGCCGACGCAGAUGCGCGAGUACAUUGAGCGUGUGCUCGAGCAGCGAAGGCCUCCGGCGUCGCCAAUCCCAGAUGCGACGCCACAACAGGCGUCAUCCAGCACACCUACGACGCCAUCGAAGCGCCGUCGCUCGCUGACCAAGCAGUCGUCCAGCACGCCCGUGACGCCGACAAAGCAUCGCUCGCCAACAAAGCACUCAUCCAGCACGCCAGCCACGCCGUCUAGGCAGUCGCGACUGCCCAUGUACUUUUCUCCUCGGCGCGAAAAGCAGCGCGAGGUGGACCUGGCCUCACUCGGCAUUGACCAGGACGUCUUUGAUGCGCUGCCGCCCGAGAUCCAAUCCGAUGUGCUUGCUGAACGCACCGCGUACCAAGCCCUGCGUCCACGACACCAGGCGCCUGUGCAAGGCCGGCAAACCGUCGCUGCGCACAGGCGACAGGCUGCCGAGUGCGCUCUGAUGCACGAGGCGCGGAUCCGAGUAGAUGCCGGCGCCUCUGAACACACAGAUCCAUACGUUCACGCAGCCUUGCGACUGGGUCUGCACCUUGACGCCGACAAGGAGGACGUCGUGGGAGAACGCGUCGGCCCCUAUGAACUCGCACCUUUGCAUCCCCGUGCCUCGCUUGUCGAAUGCCCCCCAUCUGCCGUGGCGAGUGUGCAUGGCUUUCAUGUGCAUCAAUCCCUCGAUAGAAUGCGUGCGCAAAUCACGCAAUGGUACGAGACUUGUGCGCAUGACGCGCCACGUCGUGGUGAUCUCCAGCGUCUGUGCGCUGUGCUGAAGCGCUGUGUGGAUGCAUAUGCGCUCGACAAGGUGCGCGGCGUGUUGUUGUGGUGGCGAGCACUCCUUCGUGUGCGACGUGCCGGGGACGCUUGGCUCGCCGCAUGCCGGGACACGGUCGAUGCAUUGCAGGCGUACGUCACGCACGUACACGGAGGGCCCAUGGACUUGAGUGACGAUCUCUGUCUGUAG